CGGGCGCGGGGGCGCCGGGGGCUCGCGGGAGGGGCUGUCCCCGGCGCCGCGGCGCCUGGAACCUGGACGUGGCCGCGCGUGGGUCUGGGGCGUUCUCUCUGCAGGGCCGGAGUCCGCCGACGCCCCCUCCCCGCCCGCUCCCUCCAGGUCUCCAUCGGCCCCUCUCUCUCUUCUGUCCCCACCGCGGCGGCUGGGCUCGGCUUCCUCCUCGUGUCAUUCCUGCUGACUCUGUUGUGUCGUGUGGUCCCCUCCCGUCCUGGAGCCAGUGCUCCGUGUCAGCCCGUCUCCGAGGGGGGCCGGCUGCGGGCGGGGAACCUGCCGGGACAGCUCCCGUCCGCCGCUGGGAUCUCUGGGGCGUGACGCACUUGGGUCGCAUUGUGCGUUUUGGCUCCGAACACCUGCCCUGGGGAGUCCCCGGCACCGGGCGGCACGCCGGCAGGUCUCGGGAGCGGGGCCCGCGCCGAUCAUGCCCACUGGCCCCAACCCGCGUAUGCAUCGACAGUAGGUCGAGUUACUUUGGGCCGGAACCAAGUUCAUUACGACGAGUUCUUAUUUCCUUGCCUUGCUUAGCACCCAGUCCUACGCCAGCUCCCAUUCAGCCCCCCCAGGCCGGUGCACUCUCUAGUUCUGAAGUCCGGGGAGGGAAAGGGAGACUUGGCAGUGAUUGUGCACAUGAUUUCGGGACUUGCCUAGGUCUCUAGCUACGGCACCUUCCCCCCUGCAGAACCCUGUGUGCGUUUAGUCUUUGCGGGAGGAAAAGCUUUGCACCUGGGAGGGAAAGACCUCUUCUUUUCGCUGUGCCCAUGGCUCAGGAUUCUUGCGUGGUCAUUUGAGUGGUUUAUCUUUUCGCUGCUCCAGGAACUCCUAGUUUAAGGUUCAUUGAGAAGUUGAGGUGGUUCUUUAGAAUUUUCACCGGAGAUUUGCUGGAGAGAACGUUGGCAUCAGUCAGGUGCUUAUUGCCUGGAGGGAUCUCUGCUGAGCUGGUCCCUGCCCUCCUAGUCACCGAGGAGCAAACCGAGCUCUUGAGAAGGGAGCUGUCAUGCUCUCAUUUCUGGCGAGUCGGGGCCACAAUUCAGAAGUCUGCGCCCUGGGUCCUCUUAUUGCUGAAGCGCACGGCUGCGGCUGCCCUCUCUGCAAACACUCCUGCUGCUUUUAUAUGGCCAGGGUAGUUCCUCCAGAACACCUCGUCUUCUGCUGUUGGUAGGUACAGAUCAGCAACGUCUUGUUUUUCAUUUUACCUCCCAUCUGCAUGUGCUUGUUCCGCCAGUACGCAACGUGCUUCAACAGUGGCAUCUACUUAAUAUGGACUCUUUUAGUUGUAGUGGGAAUUGGAUCCGUCUACUUCCAUGCAACUCUGAGUUUCCUGGGUCAGAUGCUCGAUGAACUUGCAAUCCUUUGGGUUCUGAUGUGUGCUCUGGCCAUGUGGUUCCCUAGAAGGUAUCUGCCAAAGAUCUUCCGGAAUGACAGGGGCCGGUUCAAGGCGGUGGUCUGCGUCCUGUCUGCAGUUACAACGUGCCUGGCAUUUGUCAAGCCCGCCAUCAACAACAUCUCGCUGAUGACGCUGGGGAUUCCUUGCACUGCGCUGCUCAUCGCAGAGCUCAAGAGGUGUGACAACGUGCGUGUAUUUAAGCUGGGCCUCUUCUCCGGCCUCUGGUGGACCCUGGCCCUCUUCUGCUGGAUCAGUGACCGAGCCUUCUGUGAGCUGCUGUCGUCCUUCCACUUCCCCUACCUGCACUGCGUGUGGCACAUCCUCAUCUGCCUGGCCGCCUACCUGGGCUGUGUGUGCUUUGCCUACUUUGAUGCCGCGUCCGAGAUCCCUGAGCAAGGCCCGGUCAUCAGGUUCUGGCCCAGCGAGAAGUGGGCCUUCAUCGGCGUCCCCUACGUGUCCCUCCUGUGCGCCCACAAGAAAUCCUCAGUCAAGACCACGUGAUGGAGGGCGGGCUUCUCUGCCUCAGGCUUUUGCCAGCAAAGACCCCUGGGGGGUCUCAGAGUUGGGGGUGGGGUCUAUUUUCUUAAAAAAUGCUGUUCCCUUGGGCUCGUCCUGGUGUGUGUGGACCCCAGGACUCCACUGCUCCCAGAGAUGGGAAGUAGGGGGCUGAGGACGCUGCGUCCCUGAGCCAUUGGGGGACUCAGUGCCUCCUUCCUGCGGGUCUGCGGGCUCCAGACCCGGCCAUUCCUGCUGACAGUCAGAUCCUGCCACAGACAACGCCCUCCACCCCCCUCCACCCGUCUGAUGGAGGACGCCAGGUUUCCAUAUGGGAAAACCACACACACACACACACACACACACACACACACACACACACACACACACGGCUGUGGCUAGGGAAGCUAGCUUUCUGCUUGCAGCGCCCAAACACCCGGGUUUCACAUGCAUUUGUGGAUCCUUUCACUUCUACCUCUGCUGAGAGAUGGAGACCUGACAGGUGAGGGUAAAGCUAAGGAGAAAACCCCUCUAUGCCAAAACAACUCUCCAUUUGAAGCCAUUCUUGAAGAUGACAAAGUGUUUAAAUAUUGACACUGUUGUCCCCCACCCCAGCCCAGUAGCCUCAGACACACAGAGGAGUCACUGGGUCCCUCCCCAGACCCCUCUUCACUGCCUGACCUCUAACAUCACCAAAGGGCUGUGACAACCGUGAGGGUGGGGGUCCGGGCUCAGAACUGGGAGCAACCACGAAGUUUUGGAAAUGUGUUCUCUUUGGAUGCUUCCUGUAUGCUGCCUGGACGUUACCUCAAGAACAUCCCCCAUCCUUUCUCUGACUUUUGCUGUGGCGAUGAUCUCCACGCUCUCACUGUGAGGGGCUUCCUGUAGAUUCUCUGAGCGUUGGGUCCGUAGCCUCCAGUGCUGGCAGUAACCACGCAUCGGCUGCUUGGGCGAAGCUGUUGCCUCCGAGUUUUUCUCCCCUAAAGUGACACUGGCUACAACUAAGUCUCCUCUUCACUGGGGUGGACGGGAGACUGCACACCCCGCUGAAGGUGUGGGGGAGGGAUUCGCGACCUCAGGGAUACUCAUGCUCACUCAGGAGCUUCCUGCUUUGCAACCUUUCCCUGUGAGAGGGCAGGGCAGGCUGUCCUUGUGUGGCCAGGAAUCUCGCCACUGUCCCAAGCACCUCCGAGUGGGGCAGCAGCAGUGUGGGGCCUGGCUGGAAUUUGCACAGGAUCUAAGGCAAAACCCCAUGAAAGAACGAAAUUUAGAGUUUAAAAAUGAAUGACUAUCUUCUGUGGUUUUCAAAUUAUUUUAGCAGCAGAACCCUGUUUGCAGUAAGAAAUCUUUAUGGAACCCCAAUGUGUGAAAUGGGUUUUAUUAGUUUAAAUUUACUUUAAGGUUAAACUUAUAGCAGUUCUUUAAUCUAUCAGGCAGUGAAAAGGCAAAUUAACAAUUUGGUGGUUUUCAAGGUAGGAAAAUUUGGUAUUGAAUGAGUGUACAUAUUGCUAUAUUGUAGUGUAAAAAUAUACUCUAAAAACUGUAUUUGAAUUAAAUAUUUCAGGAACCUCUAACCCACCUCUAUGCAGCCUAGGUGGUUCAUGAAACAGAAUUGGAAAACUGCUAAGUCCUUUGGGUUUCAAGUCUAGAAUUUCUAAAAGGGGAAUGUCAGACUGUCCUCUCUGCAGGUUGGCUUAGCAGGUGGAUCCUGGUUUCGCCCAUUCUGCACAAUAAAAAUGCCCCCAAGUGAGGGGGUUGGCGUGUUCUAAGCCCACCUGUCUUAGCGUGGAAGCGUGCAUCAGGAGAAGCAGAGAGAGGAGGGUAGGACGUGUUUGUGCGUGGGUGUCUGGAGGGUUCCUUAGUGAGGGGAGCAUUGUCAAGGAUGGGCCAUUUACCCUCAUCAGAUGCAGGGCUGGUUCCCUGGGGAACACUACCUUCAGCUCCCAAGGCUUCGACCUUCUGGAAGUUUCCGGGUGUCCUUUGGAAAUAGGGAUAAGCUGGAAGUAAGAAAGUAAGUGCCUCUAGCACAAGAAAGGACUAAGUUCAGAUGUCAGGAGGAAUGCUUCUGGUAUGAAAACAAUGCCCUGCUAGGGACUGGUUUUAAUGCAAUGAGGGCUGAGAAAGAAGUGGGGAGUGGGGUGAGGAGGGCAAAACAUAACUCGUUUGAACAAUCACUAUAGCUUGCCAGCGUGGAAUGGAAAAUCAAGAGAGUAUUUAAGUUAGGUUGAUGGUAUCAUUCAUAUUUAUAGUUACAUACAUAUUUAUAAUGCCUUGAUAGCACUACUUGCUCUUUAAAGAAAAUUGGGAUACUACAAAAUAGUUGAAGUAAUCUAUUUCUAUAGCUCAAGGACAACCAUUAAUAUUUUGGUAUAUUUCCUUCUAGUCUUUUUUUUUUUCCCCUACUACAGUUGUAUGUAGAUGUCUUUUAGAGCUGAUGGUUUGUCCUGUAGUUUGAAUGGAAUGUAAGUGUGAGUUGGGUAUUUUGCACGAAGAGCAGGCUUUGAUGUGCACUUGCGUUGGUGCGAUCACUGGAUUCUGAGCCUGACUACUGAGUCUUCCCUGCUGAUGGAGCCGGGCGUGGAAUCAUGGACUGGAUUCUGCUUCUAGAUAUGCUUCUGCUCUUGGACAAGUAAUAGGAAAUAGUUUUAAAAUGUGGCUCUAAGGUUUUGAUGUUUGCCAGAUUAAAGUAAGUGAAGGGCUUAUUUCAUUAAUGAAUGUGCAAUCAAGAAUCUUUCUCUCCACCCCCCUGCCAAGGAGGGAAGUGGAGAUUUCACACUUGGGAGUUAGGUCAUGGCAGUUGCUCAGCAUGGCUAUCAGAUUUCUGUUCUGGGUAGAAUUUGCCCCAAAUCGGUAUCCAGAAGGAAUGGAUUUUGCAUAUUAAAAAGUGUUACCAUGUUAUUAAGUCAAUGAUUCUUAUUGAAUACUGUUUGAUUGAUUAUUGAUUUUUAGGAAAAGAAAUAUUUAUCCCCUUGGUGAGUAUAUUAUUAUAAAACAAACACUUCAGUGAACAUAUUUAAGGUGCGUGGGAGCAGAUAUCUGAAUCUCUUUGGUCACAUGCUACAUUUUUGGGGAACUCUGUGCCUGGCCCUCUGAAGAGUGCCUAAGCUUGAGGGCCAUCAAACACAGGCUUUGUAAGACACCAUCACCUGUUCUGUUUAUUGGGUUUCUCAGGUGUGUAAAGCAUCUCACCAGUCCAUCAUGCUUAUAUGAGCCAGUGCCGUCUUGGCGGCCCCCGGACUGGAUUGGAGCCCGCCCUGGCUCUCCCUCCCUCGGGCUGACACGGGACCGCUGUGAGGGACAGGUGAGGGCUGAAGCUGGCCUAGCCCGAGCCCUGACCAGAGCUCCUUUUCUCCAAAUGGACUUGGAACCUUUCAUAGCCAGCUCUUUGCCUGGGUGCUGCCAUCCUAGCUGGCCAAAGAGAAGUCUCGGGCCAGGUUGGGAUUCCCCAUGGAUUUUAUAACAUCAUUCUCCUAUGGACUUUCUAUUUCUUGAAUGGCCCCUACUAUAAGGGACUAAUUGUUUGAAUUGUAUCUUUAUAUGUUAAGCCAGAUUUAAGAGUAUUUUAUAACCACGGUUUGUAAUUAGAACAGAUACAGUAUUUUCAGAUAUAUUCCUUCUAUAGUUUAUAUUUUAUGCAGGGUGUGCCGUGUGAGGUGUGUGCCCACUGGCUGUGGUGGCAUGCUUUGGGAGAAAUGCAAGGCCUUUUGUAAUGGAGCUCCUGCACUUUAUGCUCCUUCUGUGAACUCUGACAGCUGUUUCAUAAUAAAGCUGUGAUGGCAUUUUCUGUGAGUAAA